GUCUUCUAUAUGCUCACCACUCAACUUCGAUUCAACAUCCAGCUCUUUCCAAUCCAAUUAAUCAAACCCUUCUCUUCUUCUCCUCCUAUAUAGAAUGCAACCUUUCUUCUCCUUUUCCACCACCAAUUCCUCCUUCCUUCUUUGUCCUCAUCAUCUACAAUGGCCACCACAUCUGUCUUCAUGGUGUUCGGCUUGGCCGCAGUGCUCGUCCUGACAGCCCCCCUCGUACAGGCCCAGCCUGAAGCCGCUCCUCCCGCCCCCGCCGGCCAGCUCAACAUCACUGCCAUCCUCGCCAAGGGCGGGCGGUACACCUCCUUCAUCCGCCUCCUCCGCCAGACCCAGGUGGACGAGCAGAUCAACAGCCAGCUCAGCAACAGCUACAACGGGCUCACCCUGUUCGCCCCCACCGACAACGCCUUUGCCGGCCUCAAGGUCGGCACACUCAACGGCCUCAGCCAGCAGCAGCAGAUCGAGCUCGUCCUCUACCACGUCCUCCCGCGCUACUACAGCCUGACCGCGUUCCAGACCGCGACCAACCCGGUGAUGACGCAGGCGUCGGGGAAGACCGGCGUGUGGACGCUCAACGUGACCACGUCGUCGGACCACCAGGCCAACGUCUCCACGGGCGUCGUCGAGGUUCCCAUCGACAACGCCGUCUACGCCGACUUCCCGCUGGCGGUGUACUCCGUCGAGAAGGUGCUGCUGCCGUACGAGAUCUUCGGCCCCAAGCCUCCAGCGGCGGCGCCGACGCCGUCGACGAAGAAGCCCAGCCCCGCACCGGAGCAUACAGCCGACGUAGGGGCGGCGCCACCACCCGAGGGCAGUUCUGACUCCGGGGCAAGCUUGAAAGCAAGGGAAGCCGGGUGGAGUUUCAUUGCGGGAGUAGGUCUUUUGGGCAUUGCAGCGGGUAAUCUGCUGUAAGAGCUCGAGCUACAACCGAUAAUACCAUCCAUGCAUGGCAUGACAUUGCUGGGUGUCUUCUUCUUCUUGCAUUCUUCCUCUAAAAAUAUUUAAUCAUAUCAAAUCAAUUAUAUAA